AUGCACGCAGUUCUCACUCACAUCAUCUCCCAGCUGCGCCCUGGUGCCGAUCUGAGUCGCGUUGUCUUGCCGACCUUUAUUCUUGAGCCUCGAAGCAUGCUCGAGAGAAUAACCAACUUCAUGUGCCACCCCGAGAUGCUCCUGCACAUUCCGACAAUCGAGGAUCCUACUGAACGAUUCGUAUCAGUCGUCAAGUUUUACCUGAGCGGCUGGCAUAUCCGACCACCGGGAGUCAAGAAACCGUUGAAUCCGAUCCUGGGCGAAAUAUUCUCCUGCUACUGGGACCUCGAAGGCGGCAAGCGAGCUUACUACAUCUCCGAACAGACUUCACACCAUCCUCCCAAGUCAAGCUAUUUCUACAUGGCACCGGAUCAUCACAUUCGGAUCGACGGAACCCUCAAACCCCGGAGUCGAUUCCUGGGUAACUCUGCAGCUAGUCUGAUGGAAGGCAUUGCUUUCCUUUCCUUAUUGAACAGAGGCAGCAACAAGUCCAGGGGAGAGCAAUAUAUCCUGACACAACCCAACAUGUAUGCGAGGGGAAUCCUGUUUGGCAAAAUGAAAUACGAGCUUGGCGACCACAGCUUUGUGCGAUGCCCUGAGCUGGAUUUGACCGCUGAUAUCGAUUUUAAGACAAAGGGCUGGGUUGGAGGUACCUACAACGCUAUUGGCGGUGUUAUAAAGAGGGAGAGCACCGGCGAAGUUCUGUAUGAGCUGUCUGGCUUGUGGAGCGAGGAGAUGUAUAUCAAGGAUAUGGCGACGGGCCACCGGGACAUGUUCUUUGAUGCCAACAAAUCAAAACCUAGCCCACCUCUGGCACGGCCCAUCGAAGAACAGGAGGAGCGGGAAUCCCAGAGACUAUGGGAGAAGACUGCCAACGCCGUCAAGGAACGCAAUCACGAGCUGGCAACGGACGAAAAGACAAAGAUUGAAGAUCGGCAACGUGAAGAAGCCGCCGCAAGGGUUCAUGAUAAUGUUGAGUGGCUUCCACGACUCUUCCGUGCCGUCCACAGCGGGCCAGGCGAAUCGGAGGAAGGCGAAGAGAAUCUGGAGUGGAUAAUCAAUGCUCACAUUGACUCUUCAGCAUCCCCGAAAAAGCAGACUGAACAGAUUCUGGCCAUAUAUCCUAUUGUAGCCGGUCAGCCAAUGACUCGAAGGCCGUCUAUUCCAACACAAGCCGCAUCCCCAAAGUCGGUCAAAAGGUCGACAAACCGGGUGGUUGAGAAACCAAAGGAGGAGACCAGCUUGAUCGAUUUUGGCAAUGACGAAGCUUCUGCACCGGCCGCAAAGAGCCCUGAUGAAAUUGAGACCUUGCUCGCAGCGACAGGCAAGCCAGCCGACGGCCCUUUGAUCGAUUUCGCUCAGGAUUUAAAGAAAGACUUGCCGGCUGGCGGCGACUUGUUGUGAGAGAUGAGAAGAGAAAAAUGAAAGAAAAAGGUGACUGAUUUUUGUGUGAGGACUGAGACUUUGGGAGUAAUAUCAUUGGCUAAGAGGGCGGGAAAUACCUUAACAGUAUAACGGCGCAACACAUCGGACCAGGCUACUACUAUAUAUAUAAAUGGGCGCGCACCAUGAUGCAUUUGUGCUUAAUGUUCUUUUAGUGUUGGCAGGGAGCGGGUUCUUUUGGUCUAGGCCUAGCACAAGCAGGGCAAUGCGAUGGGAUGGACAGCGUUGGCUAGCUAGGAAAUAUAUCAACUAUAUCAACCUUUUGAAAUUCAGGCCAAGGAUCCAAUGCUGAUGCUAACGAGAACUGUAAAACUCUCCUUUUUGAUGACUGAUUACAUUUUUUUGCUUUAUGAAUUUCCCCAAACGCCGAGCCUUUGAACGCAGAGUACACAUAUAAUCCCAUCUGUUCAUCCUGAUUACUCUCAAUUCCAAAAUAAAAACGACAUUAAUCGCAACGUUAUAUCUCCAUUUCUUCUUGCCUUGCGCUUUCUUCUAAAACCUCCUUCUAGUAGGCUCCGGUGUAGGCGAUCGGCUGGCGCUCCGCUCGUCCCGGCCACGCGACUUGAGCCACUUCUUCGUGCUGAGCGUGAGCUCGCGGUCGAGCUCCUCGCUGGGGUUCUUGCGGUGGAUGAAAUUGCAGAAGCCGCCGCGGACGCAGCCCUCGCCCGAGUUUAGGCGGCAGCAGGCCUCGCGGAAGUCUGUGACGGGACUGAGCUCGCAGUAUAUGGGGCGCGCGGCGUACCAGCGGCUGUUGAGGGUGUCGGCGGCGGCUUGGGCGCUGUCCUCGUAUUUGAAUCGGGCGUAGACGUUGCCGAUGAGAUGGUCAUUGUUGUUGUCGCAUACGACGAGCUCUUCCAGCUCGCCGUACUUGCACAGCUCGCACCAAAUGUCCUCGUAGAAGGCGUCAAAGUGGUUCUGCAGCUGCGAGGCGUUCAUCCGGUUCUUGGGGUCGUAGGCGGGGUUCUGGUAGAGGUUGGGCAUGAGGAUGGUCUGGCUGUAGGAGGGCUUGACGUGUUUUCUCGAGCAGCGGUCACCGUGACGGCAGGCGCCGAUUUUAAAGUAGAAUGAGCAGUUGACUUUGUCAAGCUCUGUGCCGAAGAUGGAGGCGAGAAAAUUGGCCAUUUUGGGUGGUUGAUUGAUUAGAUGUGAGGGCUGUUGAUGUGGGUUUUUUUCCCUAUGUUGGUUCUUUCACUUGAAGGCUGGAU